UAGGACGCUGUAAUGCACACCUGUGUGGUGGUGUGUGUAGCGUGUUGCUGGGAGAGCUUCAUAGAUCCUAGCGUUGUCGAUGAGGUCAGACUCAGACUGCAGCGAAUCGAAGGUGGAGUCAGCUCACCUCGCCAACGACUCCAAUGGCCGCCACUCCCACCCAGCGGAUCACUGCAGCACAUCAGGUGGGGCUUCACAGUGAUGUCAGACAAACACCAGCUGUACCUGUGCUGCAGCAACGAGGCUGAGCUGUGGGAUUGGAUCACAAGCCUUCUCAGAGCUCAGAACGAUGACUCGGGUCCUCCGGUGCUGCGCCGCCACUCCCCCACUGGAAUCUCCAAGCAGAAGUUCGGAACGAUGCCACUCGUCCCCAUCAGAGGAGACAAGAGCAACAGCAGCAAGGAAACUACACGACCGGAGAACUCUCUCCAUGUACUUUCCCAUGAAGGUCCAGCAGGACUCGUUCGAGGAGCGCUUGGAGUCUCCUGACCUGCCUGAGCCACUCUACGAGGUCGGCUGCAGCUCCUGAAGUCUCUGGAGACCAGCUUCCUGUCCAGCAGCAUCGCAGAGACCCAGGAAGUGCCAGACCACCCCCCACUCAGUUUGGUUCCCGAGGAGACCAGACAUUUGGAUCAGUGAUCAUCCUGGAAGUGGUCCGGAUGGCGAGAGGCUCCGUGGAAACUCUGGAGCAGAGCAGCAGCAGCAGCUGGGAGGAGCUGGCGGAGGCGAUGGAGAUGCAGGCUCUCCCGACUCCCGACACCGUCGGCCAGCCCGCGGUGAGAAGGAGGCAGACCCUGCAGGGAGUCUGCACGCCAUCGAAGGAACUGCUCAGUGCUGCAUCAGUAACCUUCUCUAACCUGUCAGUUCAAAUACUAGAUGAAGCUCACAUAGGUAAAGGAGGAAGGUGUCACGUGCGUGUGACUCAGUAACAGGUAACCCGCAGCGCUGUUCCUGCGGAUGUGUUUAAAUAAAGUUAGAAGAGACUAAGUGACAGAGAGCCGGCUUCAGUGACGACUGGGAUUACACAUCUAAUCACACAAACAAUGUCAUCAUAGAAAUUCGGUGCCUUGAAAAUUAAAUUGAAGUAAACAAGCUGCAACAUGCGGAACAAAUCAAACUGUGAACACAGUUGGUCACAUCUAAACGCAGGCAUCUCAUUGGUCAGUUCUACACGUCUGCAUGUAAAGUGACGGAUGAGACGCCUGCCUCAGUCUUAAACUGGCGGUCUACAGCUGUGUCUGAAUUCAGGGGGAAGGAUGCUUCAAAUGCCGUAUUUGGAGGCAAUCACGUCACAGUGACGUGACAAAGGCUGUCCUAAUUCAAAGAGUGACCUGUUCCUGGCCCGUUUCUUUUACAACUGUAAUAGAUUACAGGAAGUCUCUGGCAGCGUGCUGAAUCUGCCCGAGCAAAAUCAGACAUGGGUGGAUGGGAUGCUGCAACUGAGACCUGCGGUUUGUCUUUUCUGGUCGGCGAGUGGAAAAUCACACAGGGUUGUCUGCAAAGAGCUUUAGGAUGCUUCCUCCCACUGUCCACUGCAUCGUCCAUCCACAGGGUUUGCAGGGCUGGCUCGAUCCGACGGCUGCCACACUACUAAGAUGUUUUUCAGAAAUAUGCAAGCAGGAGAUGGUGGAUGCUAUAUUACUACUAGUAUAAUACUUGUAACUCUGUAGUAUACUUGUAACUCUUUAUCAAACAACAGUUUGAUAAAGUGCUAUGUAAAAAAAGAAACCAAUUUGUCCUCAGCCUUUGAUAUGGUUGACCAUAAUAUUUUAUUAACGAGGUUAGAAUGCACUGUGGGCAUUCGGGGUGAAGCCCUUAACUGGUUCAAAUCAUACCUUUUGAACAGGUCUUUCUCCGUUACCUUGGGUACUUAUUCUUCCUCAACUGCACCCUUAUGCUGUGGUGUGCCCCAAGGCUCUGUGCUUGGCCCAAUGUUAUUCUCAUUAUAUAUGCUCCCCCUAGGCUUAAUCUUUGAAAAAUAUAACAUUUCUUAUCACCUCUAUGCCGAUGAUAUACAAAUAUAUUUUCAAUUAGAUGAUGACGACCAGUGUUGGGUGUAA